AUGGGCCCACCCUUGAACACGUGGCCGUACAGCCACCACAGAAUGAAAAGAGAAGAACAUGAGACAGAAGAAGAGGGACCAGUGCCACUAGCUAGAAACAUAAGACACUUGCCAUGCAUAUCCAGACGUUCGGGCCUGGAAGGCUUAUGCAUGUUUGCCAUAGACUGCCUUAAAUCAAACGGUACCCAUUUAGGGACAUGCAUUGACCGGUUCUACUUCGGUUCAUGUUGCCAAAUCACUGAUAUUACAGCAAUCCCUCACAUAGUUGAAAAUAAUAUCGAUGAUAACUCCAUAGACGGGGCAAGUUUUGUUCAUCCACAGACCGAAGACAAAGUUCAAAGCGUGGUCAAUAAGAAACCGGGUGUAACAGAGCAUAAAACUACUACUAACACCAUCGUGGAAUAUACCACAGAAUCACAUGUGUCAGAAAGUUUACAGGAUAGAACAGUCCCGGAUGUGGUAGAGCACAAUUUAAACGAAAUAACAACGCUCGACAACAAAAUCGAAAACGAUGAAGGCAAUCCUCAAACCAUCGUCACCGUGAAUACAUCUCAGAAACAGACAACGAAGAUUAAUGCACAGUUGCCCGAUGUGACCGUUACGGAAGUGCCCAUGAAAUUUUCAACCUUCCAAUCGGUAUCUGGUAGUAACAAUAAUGUUGAAACUGAAAAGAUAGUAAGCGAUGGAACAGAAAGCUCUGUUACAACCACUACUCGAACUACUGAAAAUCCAUUUGCAUCUACCGCAACAACUGCCAGCACAAAGCCUCAUGUAUCUAGAAAACCUGUAAAGCCUACAUAUAAACCCAGGCCUACCUAUCGCCCUACUACUAAUUUCACUAGACCUCAAUACAGCCAAAAUGGAAAACCAAAACCGACUAAACCUGUAUCUGUUUAUAACACAACAAGAAAACCUCCUUAUAAACCGCCACCGAAACGGCACUCCACUAAGAAACCUUUACCGUCUCCGCCAAGAUUGAACAUAACUAUAAUACCACAACCUACAAGCACGAGACCGCUAUUUACAAGGCCUAGUGCUCCAGCCAUUACUUACAUCAAUACCACGGUUUCGAAAAAUGAAGACGUUGUAACUACUACCACUACUGUUACUACACCUAGUACAACAACAAGUUCGACAACCACAACAACUACGCCAUCACCGGCUCCAACAGAAAUUACUACAGAUGCUUUUGAAUCAACCACUUUAAUAUCACCGUCUACAUCUAUGUCUGAAAUAAUUACAGAAAAAUCUACAGAAAAGGCUGUUGUCAUCACAACGGAAGUUCCUCUAGACACUGUGCCGCCAGUGUCAGAGAAGGAAAUUACUGUAAUCACAGAGGCGAUCACGGAAAAAGAAACUGUGAGACCGACCACUGAAAUUGAAUUUACUACUACCGUAAUAACAACCACUACACCUAAACCGGUUCCGUCAUCAGAGUUCCCUCCUUUGGUAACGUGGUCCAGUACAGCAGAUGGUGGAACUAAGCCGCCUGAAGUAAUAACAACAGCUUCUGAUGGGCUGGGUACUCAUAUCGACAAUGCAACCCAAACCGGAAACAUCGUCAACGAUCCCGAAGACAACUACAACGACUAUGUCAAGCACUCCAACAACAAAAACAACGACGACGGCUCCAACAACAACUACACCAACAGGCACUACACCAACAACAACUACAAUCACGACUCCAAAAACUACGAUUACAACAUCAACAACAACUACGACUACGACUCCAACAACAACCACGACCCCAAUAACAACAACAACCACAACCACUACGACAACACCUUCCACUACAACAACAGAAAAAACAACGAAACCUCCAAAGACGACCAU